GACUAUCCAAGGGCUGAAAAAACAAACAGGCAUGCUGGAGCUUUCAUUUCUGGGGUUUAGGCUACACGUAAUAAAUCUUGGUGGCCAAGUGGUAUUUUCAGUGUAGUUCACGUGUCUUAACUCUGCUAUCAGCAUGGUGGCUAAGUGGCAUUUGUAAUGCAGCUCACAUGUUUUGACUCUGUUAUCACUGCUUUCCCAGUUUGUAUACAUGUGAGGGAGCUCAAGAUCGAAGCAAUACAUUUGGAAAUGAUCAUUUUGUUUCCUGCAGGCUUUGGCCAGCAAAUACAGUCAUCACCACUUUUGCUAGUGUUUGUUGCAGAAUGAGCUGAUAAAUCCUUUUUUCCUACAAUUGAUGGAUCUAACUGUCUUUGUAUGUAACUCCAAUCACAGCUCUUGCAGCUGAAUCUUUCCCACUAAGAGUUGUUGGAGGUGCAGUAGCUGGCCAUGGUGUUGCUACCUUGGUACUUCAAUCAUUCUAAAAGGCUCAAUAGGAGGGAUUUUGGUAUCAUCAUGCACAACCAACAUAUGUGAUGCUUACUUAUUGGAUCCCUCAAACAUCUUGUACACUCCCACGUAAUGAUUCUCAUCAAGUGGGAGUUGGAUGUUUUGUGCUUAAUGAUCAAAAUCAGGUGCUAGUGGUGCUGGAAAAUUAUGGACCUUUUAGAGGCACGGGUGUAUUGAAGAUUCCAACAGGAGUGAUUAAUGAGGGUGAAGAUAUUUUCACUGGAGCAAUUAGAGAAAUCAAGGAAGAAACAUUAGUAAAUGAUAUUAGACUAAAGCUAAUGGUUGAUUUUAAAAAUCGGUGCAAUCAAAUGAUAUUUAUGAUCUCUGAAGCUAAGCUUGUAUUACUUAAUAGCAGUGGUGUCAAAUCUUUUAAGUUGUGUUUAACGUUUGUUUCCCCUUGGAGAUAUCGGGUUGAUACACAGUUCAUCGAGCUGGUAGGAUUUGGGUGAGGAAUCUCUUUUUUUAGAUAGGGAUACCAAGUAAUGGAAUCUUUCAUCUUAUUUAUCUCACUUUGAAUUUUGUUGUCCUUGACACACAACAGUAAAUAUUCUUUCCUUUUUGGGAUUUUACAUAUUUUAAAAAAAAAAAAAUUGGGAUUAUCAACCGUUGAAAAAAAAUCAACGAUUUCCAAUCUUCCAAUUGUAUCCUAUUACAAUAAUGCAAACAUUAGUUGAUGCAAUUCAUUGCAUGGCUCUAGUUCUCAAUUAUGUAAUUUUAAAAAAAAUUAUGAAAAAGAUGAACUCUUACUGCAUGAAAAUUAUUAAAUGUUUUUAUAAAACUUGAUGCAUAUUUGAUGUCUUUAUUUCCUUCUUUAGUAUGUGAUAACGUUUGCAUGAAAUUACUAAUGUUAAUUACAUUGUGUUUUUUAACACAAUGCUAUGCUUAAGAUUCCUGAUUGUCCAACGAUGCUAAGAGAAGCCACCUCAAUUAUCCCUUCUCCCUUCAUUUUAUUUGGAAGCAAGAUUGGCUCUAUCAGGCUACAGUUGUAUUCAGUUCACAUAGAAUUUUAUAUUUGAAGAACGUUAAAUGUAAAAGCAGUACAUUUGUGGUCUUUUAAUGCCUACCCCAGUUCUAAUAAAUUUAAUAAAUUUAAUUAAUCCACAUAUCUAGUUUUAUUUUUUUAUAAAGUAUGAAACAACUAGAAUUUAGAAACCAAUACAAAAUUUCCAAUCAUAUCCCUUCAUGGUGCCUCUUGCUCUAGUGUGGGUCGUAGGUAAUCCCUUAACACUCUAUUUUAAAUCACAUUCUAUGUCAUCCUAGUCUCAUCCUAUGUCAUCCUAGUCUCAUCCUCGUCUUGCAUCCAACAUUCUGUUAACUUUCAGACCUAAGACCUUUCUUUUUGUUGUUGGGUGCUCUACCACUGAAUUGUUUCUUAAGAUUUGUUUGUCAAUCUUUAUCAAUCUUGUAUUGACAUAUCGUUUAUCAAUGAUUCUUUCGAUUCAGUCAGUCGACAGAUGCUCAAAUCCAAAACUAUUCUUUCAGUCUCUAGCAGGAACUUCGCUGCCCUUUGUUUCAAGAACGUGCUAUGGUACUAAAACUCUAAAUAGCUAACUUCUGGGUAUGACCUAAGUCAGAGACUAACAUUUGAUUUGUAAAGACGGCAUGUCAUCCACCAAAAAAAAUAAUAUCAUAAGAUAAAAAAAAAAUAUCACAAUAACAGUUUUGUGAUACAUUCAUCCAUUGAGUAAUCUAUUUAUACAGAGAGACAGUUGUUUUAACAAUUAGAAAGACAAAUUGAAUAUGCCCUUUUUGAUGUUCGGCUCAUAAAAUAAUGAGAGCUAUGCAUUGUUAGUUUAUAUGGAAUUUGAAGAUUUCUAUUCUGUUUUAGGAAUGUGCUAUGGCCCCAAAUGGUACUAAGUAGCUAGCUUCUAGGAAAUAAGUAUGUAUGUUUUCAGAUAGUUAAUUAUAGAAAUCAUACUGUACAAAAUUACUUGUAACAGAACUCAUAAAAACACCAUGGGAGAGCUAUACUGUUUUUAUGUUUUUCUCUAUUAAGAAUUUUUGUAGGGGUUGGGCAUCAUCUUGCUGGCUUGGAAAUCAUCUCAAUAGUGAGUAAAUCGGCCAAACUCCAUAAGCUUUUAUUAGAGGACACAUCAAUUAACAAUCACAAGAAAAAGUUUCUCAUAUCUUCUUUUUGACAAGAAGCAACUUAUUCUUCUUCCUGAUAUCUAGAGACAUUUUUUACCAAUUGGAGUUCCAUAGAGCAACACUAUUUAGAUGUUCUACUCUUAUGAUAUUUUUUUUAGCAGAAAACAGAGAAAACGAACGCUACGUAGACGAAAAAUUAAAAAGAAUGUGGACAAAAGAUGAUCCCAAAGUCACAAAAUUUGACAGAGGGUUUCAAUGAUUAGGCACGACACAAAUUUUCUACGCUCGAACAAAAGUUCACAUCAAAAAUACAUGCAGGAAGCAAAUAACUUGACGAAUACUACAAAUUUUCCAUCAUUGUACAUUUUGAAGGACUAGACAUUCAAGUGUUGGCGAAAAUCUGCCAAAAAAAAAUGGCCAAAAUAAAGUUAGGCAUUCAACCAAAAUGCUACCUGAUGCACCUUCCACGCAAAUUAGGGCAAUCGUAGGGGUAAACUUUACUCAUUGCAUAGUACUCCUGUGAUACGAUUUUUCAAGAUCUAAUCGUAGGGGUAAACUUUACUCAUUGCAUAAUACUCCUGUGAUACGAUUUUUCAAGAUCCAUGACAGCACCCAUAUGACUUUUUCUUUUUUAUAUUAAGUUUCAAGCUAAAAUUUUGUCAUUUACUCAAACACGAGUAAAGUUCCACACCAGUCACGUAAGCGAUCAAAGCUUAGUGUACGCUGUUUAAGCCAGGCCAUAAAGACUCAUUGCAUAAAACUCGUGUGAUACGACAUAAACCAUAUGCUUCAGUUUCAGGCUCCUCUCCGUGCAUUCAACGACCAAAUUUGCACGACCACCAAAAACGGCGUGAGACAUAUGAUGUUUUAGCUAACAAAUGAGUGCAACUAUUUGAAGAACAAAAUCUUCAUGAGCUAAUAUUUCCUGCUAUAUGUCAAUGCCCCCUGAUCUGAUAUUUUUUCCGCUAAAAUUCGAUAGAAAUAUGGCUGUCAUGGCUGGAUAUUUAAUGAAUGCGGUGAUGUCGUACUGAAGAUUACUUUUAUGCCCAGGUCCCAGCUGAAAUACAACUGGUUUUACUAGAUGGAGUAAAUACGCUACAAGUCCGUGCUUAUAGAAUUCAAUGUAAACCUACUACUCACCCAAGUCACACCUGACACUCUUUCCAUUACAACUUCAUAUCUAGAAGUAGACUCUACAUACACUUCAUAGUGGGCUUAUAUAUACACUACACAGCAAUCCUUGUUUAAACGAUCGCCAUUUGCUGAGUCAAUCCAUUUAGGCAAGUAAAGAAAAGAGGUUUCCAUUACAAUGGAGAAAUCAGGCUUAGCAGAGUUCAAGGUGGAGAUUGUGGAGAGUUGCCUUGUGCAACCAUGCCUGCCAGAUUCGCCCAGAUCCACUCUUUAUCUCUCCAACCUUGAUAACCAGCCAUUAGUGAGAAUGGCCUUCAAUACUUUGCUUGUAUACGAGGCUUGUGAAAAUGUUUUGCCACAUCCUGCAAAAACAAUCCGAGAAGCUCUAUCAAAAGUGUUGGUGUAUUAUUAUCCUCUGGCUGGGAGAUUGAGAAAGAAAGAAGAUGGGAAGCUUCAAGUAGAGUGCACAGGAGAAGGUGUUCUCUUUGUGGAAGCCAUGGUAGAUAACAGCCUCUCAGUCCUUGGAGAUUUGGACCAGCUGAAACCAUCAUUUAAGCAGCUGCUUUUUAGGUUUCCUUUCGACAAUGCUCUGGAGGAUGUUCAUCCCAUGGUUCUUCAGGUAAAUCAUUUUACAUGUGGAGGCUUUGUUGUAGCAGUGAGUUUCAACCAUUGUGUAUGUGAUGGACGAGGGGUAAGCCAUUUUCUCAAAAGUCUUGGAGAGAUGGUUAGAGGACAUGUUAAGCCAUCUCUUGAACCAAUAUGGGAUAGAGAGCUUCUUAAACCAAGGAACAUAUUAGUUCAUGACUUAGUAUCAAAUGAAGAAAAAAUAGAGUGUAAACCCCACUCAUGGACACCUCCAGUAUAUAAGGAAUCAAUUCAAAUGUCUCUUAUCUUAGACUUUGAGACAUUAAAAUAUGUGAAAGAUGGAAUUAUGCCAAAAUGUUUCGAUAUUUGUACUACAUUUGAAAUUGUUGCAGCUCUGAUUUGGCAAGCAAGGACCAAGGUACUUGAAAUUCCACAUACUGAGAGUGUUAGUAUUUCCUUUGCAGUAGAUGUGAGGAGAUCAUUUAGUCCCCCACUACCAAAUGGAUACAAUGGAAAUUGUAUUGUUGCUGCAUGUGCAAAAGCUAUUGUCCAAGAUGUCAUAACUCAACCACUUUCAUACCUAGUGAAUAUUAUAAAGAAAACAAAGAUGUCACUAACUAACAAGUAUAUUAGAUCAAUAAUUGAUACAGACCAAUUUCCAUUAGAUGUGCAUAGCAAUCAAGCAAAUAUAAUUUUGACUGACUGGAGGUGGUUGGGAUUUAGUGAUGUUGACUUUGGAUCGGGAAGUCCAGUGAAUAUAUGUCCUAUGCAUUGGAAUGAGAAUGGAAUCAAUGCAUCAAAUGGUUUUAUCUUCCUCCAUUCUCCUGAGAGAAAAGAUAAUGGAAUUAAGGUGAUAAUGUGGAUGCCUUCACAAGAAUUCAAUUUAUUUGAAAUAGAAAUAGAAUCCAUCAUCAGAAAAUAUGUUAUCAAGGGUUCUAAAUUUUAAUGUAAUGGUUCAACCUUUUC